GCGCGUCCUGAGCUCUCAAUCCUCCUCAGUGACGCCUUCCGCUCGCACUAACAAAGCCGGAAUAAAUAAACUUUUUAAAGUCCACUUUUUAAAAAAACAACAACAAUCUUUUUUUUCACAAAAGAGUAGAAAAAGAAGACGCGCGUAAAUACGCACCGAGAGCAAUGAUCGAGGCGACAACAAUGGAGGUGAACGCGGAGGCCCGCAGGGUUCUGGCGGUGUCCAUCAGCAAGCUGUACGCGUCCAGGACGCAGCGAGGCGGGCUGAGACUGCACCGGAGCCUCCUGCUCUCCCUGGUCAUGCGCUCCGCGCGGGACAUUUACCACUUGUCCUCGCCGCCGCCCAUGGAGUGCGGCACGGACGAGGCGGCCGAGGCGGACGAGGUGGCCGAGGCGGAGCCGCCCCAGCCGGAGCCGACCCCCGCCGAGCCGAGCGCCGCGGCGGGGGGAGGUGCGCGCCAGGAGGCGGACGCGGUCGACACGGAGGAGGAGGAGGAGGAGGACAUGGAGGAGGGGGAGCUCGUCGAGGACAAAGAGAACCGCAGCCCGACGAGUCGCUCCAGGAAGCGGCGAGGAAAGACGUCAGCGGCGCCGGACUUCCUCCCCAGCAAGAGGGCGAGGCUGGAGCCGGGAGAGGAGCGACAUUCCUCGGCGCUGCCGCCGCCGGCCAGCUGCCGCCUGGGACCCGCGGAGUCCCUCAUGACUUUGUCCCUCAACCGGGUCAUACCGGCCUGCUGAGACCGCGGGCGAGGCUCCACUGGACUUUGGAGCCAUGAUGAUGUCUUUGCUCACUGAGCUGACCCCGCACCCACACGGUCCCCGGACCGGCCGGGACACGGAACGAGCUCUCCGAAGUGGAAAAAAGUUCGGAUGGGAGCGACCCGGCGGACUGAAUCACGCCAGUGACCCGCUGAAAAGUGCUGACUCAGAGAGCGUGAAUCAGCAGGAAGUGAGGCGGUCAGUGGUCACCGCCGCCACGCGCGCGCAUGCGCACACACACACAGACAGGUGGACCAAACAAGGUGCUAUAAAGGUGCUGCCUGCACCUUCACAACUCUCCUAUCUCUUCGAUGAACACUAAUGAUUCUUUACCUCACUUGUAAAGCUGCUGUUUUGUUUUGUGUUAAUAAAGAUUGACAUGUGACAAAAAAACAACUAAAAA